AUGUCAUUCAGCAACACAAAGACGGGCUUCUCUGUAAAGGACAUUCUGGAUCUUCCUGACACCAAUGGAGGUUCUGAAACGGAGGAGACUGAAGAUGAGAACGAGGUGGAAGCGACUGAGAUAUUGACGCAAAAUCCAUCUUCUGAAAACACUGGAAAUGUGCCCUACAAGAGCCUUUUGUGUGAUGGUGGUGGUAAUCCCUACUCAAGAUGGCUUGCCUCCUCCAGCACCAUGCAAUAUUCAUGUGAGUAGCUCUUAAAAAGUUCGUUUCGUAAACAUCGAUGUAUAGGCCUAAUUUAUUUGUCCACUUCCUAGUCAUAUCUCAUCCGUUAAAUUAUUGGCCUAUGUCAUUAUUAUAAACAUUUGCAUUCAUGUUUUGUUUUGUUUUGCAAAAGGUCAACCAUUAGUCUAUCCAUGUCCAAUCAUAAUGUAUGAUAUUAUCCGUUUGUAAAGCAAUUUCAUCCGGGCGUAAUUAGCCUAUACAUGCAUAGAGCCUUAUCAAAAUAUGUUCAUCUUUGUCACCAAUAGGCCAUUGUUUUCGAUUAUUGGUGGUCUCUACGAUGAAGAUAUGUUUUCAGAUAUUAAUACAUUUAUGUAGCCCCAUUUCAUUGCGUUUGUUGUCAAUCCUAGUUGAUAACCAGACCCACUUUGUUUCCUUUCAAACAGUGCAUGGUUUGUCAGUUGAUUCUCGAAACGAACCGAAAUCUCCAGAGCUGUCCACUGACGAAUCCCAAGAUAUCGACAGAGACACCACAGGUGACAGCAGCGACUCCGGAAAGAAGAGGAAAACGAGGGUGCUGUUUUCCAAAGCGCAAACCUACGAACUUGAGCGACGAUUCCGACAACAGAGAUAUCUCUCGGCACCGGAGAGAGAGCACCUUGCAAACGCACUACUACUGACACCAACCCAGGUGAAGAUCUGGUUCCAGAAUCACCGGUAUAAAAUGAAGAGAGCACGCGCUGAGAAGGGUAUGGAGAUGGUUCAUCUCGUGUCCCCAAGACGGGUGGCCAUUCCGGUUUUGGUUCGGGAUGGAAAGCCAUGUGACACUAGCAAAACUCAGGAACUUGAGGCCUCAUUCAGGGAUGGAAUACCUCUGUCGGCGUUACGCGCCUAUUCUCUCCAUCAUAUGCAAAUGCGCUCUCACUACAGCCCUGACGCCAUCUCACAGCUGCCCAGUGUGCAUCAUAUGGCGCAAAUGUACCAAUGGACUUGGUAG